CACAACGGCUAACGCAGCUGUGUGCAUAUCGCACAAUAUGUUUCCUUUUCAAAGAUUUCUUUAAUAAUUCGUCGUGUUAUAAAUUUUUGUGACCGUGGUACUUGAUAGGUAAUGUGUGUAUCAAAAUGUCGGAGGAAGAAAGUGUUGAUAUUGAGCAAGAACUGGACAAUCUCUUAACCAAAGUCCAGCCAAAUCUGCAGGACGUUAUCAAACGGAGUUUUACUAAUGUGGCACUGCAACAAACAAAAAAUGGUGAACAGAAAAAACCAGACACUCUGGAGGAUACAUCUUAUUUUGCUAAAAACACACAGGUGAACUUAUCCAGACUAGAGUUGGUGAAGUCUCCAAUGUUCCACAUGCAGGCGGUAUCCCUGGACCUCAAGUCCAUGGGGCUAGUGCUGCGCUGCUCCCUGGGAGAGGUCAAUGUUAAGGGCAUCUACAGCGCAUUCAAUGAGAACCUCUAUAACCUCAUACCUGUCAUGUCUGAAGGACAUUUUAUAGUAUCCUUGUCGAACAUGACAGCGGAUGUAAAUGUGGGGCUGUUUCUGGAUGAGGACGCCUUCUCCUUCGCCAACCCUGGCAUACAAUUCACUCAUGACGAGGUACUUGUUAAGCUAUCGUGGCCAUCUCCUCAAAGAAACGGAGGAUACGAGUUUACCACCACCGAGCAGCUCGCUAAACACAUAGAUGAUCUCCCGUUAACGGCAGCUAUAUCUUUGCCGCUGUACGCGCUUCUGCGGCAGAAGUUACAGCGACACCUUGCGCAGGCGCUGCGGCAAGCCACCAGCGUGUCAGACCUCAUGUGCUGCAACCCCAGCCUGCUGGAAGCGUUCAGUGAUAUGGUGACGAAACUAGCACAGAACGGCAACAAAGUGAUUGACAUGGUGCUGAUCAACAUGAGGCGGACACUGCUGCAGACCUGCCGGGAGGUGCUCCAACUGCCGCCCAUACACGCCACCUUCUUGCACAAAAUAGGGUCGGUAUCGUUUAUCGGCAGGUUGGAAACGGACACGGGGUGGGUCAAGAACCUGGCUACCAUCAACCGCAUCAACGACGUGAGCGUCACCAGGCCUGACCCCAUGAAGACUUGCUUCCACGUCACGCUCAGGAUAAAGGACUUGCAGAUCGGGUAUGACGAGUAUCGCAUAAAGGCGAUGGGCGCGUCGUGCUCUGGGCGGCUGGCGGCCGCGUUCACGUCCAACGCGCUUCACAUGGCCAUAACCGUGGGGCUGGCGCGGUGGGAGCCCUAUGCGCAGCUCGACGACCUCCGACUGCAGCAUUGCGAUGCGAUGGACCUGCACGUGACGGGGCUGGGCCCGCUGAGCGGGCUGGCGGGGCAGGUGCGGGCGUGGGCGCGCGGCGCGGCCGCGGCGCACGCGGCGCCCGCGCUGCACGCGCAGCUGCAGCACGAGCUGCACGCCGCGCUGGCCGACCUGCCGCUCUGGAACAUGCUGCACGCCAACACGUGACACCCGCUACCAUCUACGACCACUAAAAUGUAUCCACAUAAAUUACAUUAAGCCUUAUGAUCACAGGAAUUCCGGGAGAAACAAGGAAACGAUGUUGUCAGCACGGUGUCCGUUUUAAUAACGAGAGAAUAUAUCCACAUAAAUACACCAGGCUCGGGCGCCUUCGGAAUAUAAGGUAGCGACAUCUAUUGUAGAGUAGGUUCUAGAUAUGUCGGUACCCCUUCGAAUUACCAUACUAACUAGCGCCAUCUAUCACAGAGUGGCAGGUUACCAUCAGGAAGGUUCCCUCCAUUCAAUGACAGGUGGCGCUGCUCGUAGUUCCGCUACUCGCGGUUAGGUGGCGCUACAUGUCACAGCCGGAAAAAAUGGAGAAAUCAAAUAAUUAUAUAUUAUCUAUAAUUAUGCUGUCUUGUGACACCUUGGUACCCCAAAUUAACACUCGUAUAUUCUAAGAUGUUAACUCAGCUGAGGCGACCUGAAAGUCGGUAUUCUUAGACGGCGCGUUAACUCGAGUUUACUUUAAGGCAUGACGUCAUUAAUUUCAUGUUAUUUUGUUGGCAGUAUGAUAUGAUCGACUCCAGUACGUAUAAAGUCCUCAAGUCCAGGACGUAAACGUCAACUUGAAAUACGAGUCGAGUAGCGGAAGAGUCAACUGAACAUCUUUAGAAUACGGGUCAAUAUUUAGUUUCAAACAUAAAAUUUAUACCUUUGAUCGAGUGGCGUUUCUCUGACUGCCAAAUAGAGGUUGCCAAGUCUAAAUAAUAGAAUAAUUCGUGUAGCUAUCUAUUUUGAUAAUGGCCCCGAUUCCUGCAAACACCUCCUAAUGUUAAGUUAUACCCGUCAUUUUCUUAUCCUCCGAAACGGAAAGGGACGGAUGAUUGACAACUGUUAAUUUUAAAAUGAAUGAAUGAAUAGCAUCUCGCUCAUUUUGACGUGUGCUGUCAACUUUUUCUCCCGGGAUAUUGUCUUUGGAAGGGUUAAUUAAAUUUCUGCCUAAAAUUGACGUGUUUUCCAUAAAUAUUAUGCCAGUCAAUCGAAACUGCCGUCCCUUUCCUUUUCGGCGGAUGAGAAAAUUACAGGUAUAACUUAAAAUAAACUUGGAUGGUUUGUACUGGAAUCAGCACCAUUGGUUAUUUGUUUAAUUAAAGCUUGCUUGCAGUUGGAUUAUUUAGGAGUAACGUUUCUUAAGAUUGUUACGUAACAGCGGUGUAUUACCAGGCGUAAUGUACCAUUCGCAGUGAGCUUAAUUCGUUACGGCGAGUGAUAAAAUCUCUGUUGAUGCUAGCUGCGAGCGCUUUAUUUCCCCGUACUGACUGCAUGAACGCUGGCGGUCUAACAAAUUACAUAGCACCAGUCAGUACCCACCCUUAAACAAAUUAUAUUAUUUAUUUGACCUCGAAGAGAGCAUAAAUUAUUUAAAAAACGAAAUAUUUAUAUAAUCAAAUCAGCUUACGUUGCGUUGUGCUGUCACUUUUUGGUUAUAUUUUAAUUUGUAAUGCCAAAUUAAUUUUAGUAAGCGCUCUGUUCUAUUAUUGAAUAUUUUUAUAUGUAGACUGGCCAUUAUUGACAGUUGUCGCAAAUGGACAUCAGCGCCCUUUUGUCAAUGUCACCCACGCGCCAAAUCCCCUUGUCGACAGUCCGCGCACAAGUUGUUGUCACCGCCUGAGGUUUGUGAACGCUGCUUGAACAGUAAUGUGACCAGGAAUUGUUCCCAGGAAUGUUCCCACUUUGGGAAAUUAAUAUAAAAAGCUUUAUUGAAGAUCAGAGUACAAGAAACAACAAUUCGAAAAAAGCAGCCAGUGUCCUUACUAUUAAAGAGUCUUUACAACGGGACGGGACGUUGUCUUUGAUUACUUGUGGCUCUGCCCACCCCAUUAGGGAUUACGGGCGUGAGUUUAUGUAUGUUUAUGUGUACAACGGGAACAUUCCCACUUUGGCAAAUUCCCGGGAGCUCACUGUUUGUGAGAGGUGAGACGUGGGGAGGGAUGCGAUAUAGUAACAUAUUAAACAACAAUGGAUGCGAUUUUACCGAUCGGCGGGCAUGUCACCCUGACUUAGGGUGGUAUUAAUAAAUUAAUCUCAGCUUCGAGCCUGGUCUCAAGACCAUGUCAAUGUGAUAGUUUUUAUAUAAAAGCGGGGACUUAAGCAUGGUUUUGUGGGCAAUCUCAGCUGAGAUUAGUCCAUCAAUCAAUGUUUGUCUACUUCUCCCGCCCUACCGCUCACAUACCUUAGGUGACAAUAAUUUGCACGCGGAUUAUGGAAAAUACUACAAGUUGGUACGGCUAAUCCCUAAAUAACCUAACCACGUAAACCAAGCUAUCGUAAAAAAUCAUAAGUUAUUUCUUUUUUUUUUGUAAUUUAUCUAUCGUCUGCCUUGAAACAUUAUCGUCAAUACCGUACAUAUAUUUUUUGUUAUAAUGAUCGUACAUAUCAAGCAAUAACUAGGAUAUUAUUUCAUUGAUAUUUUUUCAUAGGUUUUGAUAUAUUUUUUGCAUUGUAUGUAAGUAUAACGCAUUUUUAGGCCUACGUCGUUUUAUUAUUAUGAUGUUCCCGCGGAAAUAGGAAUAAUAUGACGACACAGCGUGUAAGUGUAAAAUAUAUUUCGUGUAAAAAUAAUUAGUUGAAGCUAUACUUUGU